AUGUCCGACUUUGAAGAUGAAAUGGACGUGGAUGUCCCCGUGUCCAAAAACAUCAUCUUCUCUUCCGAAACCGCAAAAGGCAAACGAAGCGCCGCCAAUCUGCCCGUCGCGGCGGAGGAUACCCUACCUUGGGUAGAGAAAUACCGACCAGCUACCCUCGCCGACGUAUCGGGCCACCAUGACAUCCUUGCAACCAUCAACAAGUUCGUCGAUUCCAAUCGACUCCCUCAUCUGCUCUUCUACGGCCCCCCGGGCACCGGCAAGACAUCGACGAUCCUCGCCCUUGCCCGUCGAAUCUAUGGCGCCGAGAACGUGCGCCAGAUGGUGCUGGAACUCAACGCCUCCGACGACCGCAGCAUCGACGUGGUGCGCGAACAGAUCAAGACGUUUGCGUCGACGAGGCAAAUCUUCACGCGGGGCGGCGCCAACAGCGGUAUCGGGGGCUACAAGCUGAUCAUCCUAGACGAGGCCGAUGCCAUGACCAACACGGCGCAGAUGGCGCUGCGGCGGAUCAUGGAGAAAUACACCCCCAACACACGCUUCUGCAUCAUCGCCAACUACUCCCACAAGCUCAGCCCCGCGCUCCUGUCCCGGUGCACGCGCUUCCGCUUCAGCCCGUUGAAGGAGGCUGAUAUCCGGAUACUGGUUGACAAGGUGAUACAGGAGGAGAGCGUUAAGAUCAUGCCCGAGGCGACCGACGCACUGGUGCGCCUGAGCAAGGGCGACAUGAGGAGGGCGCUCAACGUCCUACAGGCUUGCCAUGCAUCAAGUACCCCUCUACAACCACCGGGGCAGCCCAAGACCCCCGAAGAGGACAUUGUCCGAGAGAUGAUCACGACAGAGACCAUAUACAACUGCAUCGCCGCUCCCCGGCCCGACGCGAUUAAGAGGAUACUCAACACCAUCCUCAGCACGAGCGACGUCACGUCCUGCCUCUCGACCAUCAACACGCUGAAGGUGGCAGAGGGACUCGCCCUGGCGGACAUCAUCACUGCCCUCUCGGAGCAGAUCGUCAAGCUGGAAGUCAAACCCGAGGUUAUGAUAUCGUGGCUCGAUGGCCUUGCAACUAUCGAGCAUAGAGUUGCCGGCGGGGGAGGGGAAGUUGUCCAGACCGGGGCUGUGGUGGGGGUAAUACGGAACGGGGUGGAGUUGAUGGGUUGA